UGGGUCCAUCAAAGGAACGUAAAAAUGUAAUGAUUGUUAGACUUUUUUAUUUUAUAUUUUUCUUUUUUGUAAUUUUAUAUUAAAGUAUCCAACUAUAAAUAACAUAACUUGAUCAAUAACUAUCUUAUAAUGCAAUAUCACAAAAGUUCGAAGGUAAUUCAAUAAUUCAUUACCAAUAACCAAAAAUACAAAUAGAAUGUUGCGAAUUCGAGCAAUUUUUUUCGUUUUUGUUUUGAUUAGCUCUAAUUUUGUUAAUGGCGAUCCGGAGGUGCCAUGUUACUUCAUCUUUGGAGAUUCGCUAUCAGAUGCUGGCAACAAUAAUGCCCUAAAUACCAUGGCUAAAGCUAAUUACUCUCCGUAUGGUGUCGAUUUUCCUGGCCGAGUUCCCACCGGAAGGUUCACUAAUGGACGUACCAUUGCAGAUUUCAUCACUCAAUUCUUGGGAUUUGAAGAGUUUAUACAGCCAUAUAGUGCUCAAAUUGGUCAAGAUGCAUUGAGAGGCGUCAAUUACGCAUCUGGUGCUUCAGGAAUUCUCCCAGAAACUGGAUCAAAUUUGGGUGAACGAAUUUGGUUGGAUCAGCAAUUACAGAAUUACAACGUCACAAUCUCACAGCUUCAAUCGAUGGUUAAGGGACCAGUUGCUAACUACUUAAACAAGUGUUUGUACACUGUUAAUAUUGGUAGCAAUGACUACAUUAAUAACUACUUCCUCCCACAACAAUUUCCUAGUAGCAAACUCUUCACCAAGGACGAAUAUGCAACACUACUCAUAUCUCGAUAUCAAGCUCGAUUACUGGCACUAUAUGAUUCUGGUGCAAGGAAGAUAGCGGUUUUUGGAUUAGCUCGAAUAGGUUGCACUCCAGCUGAAAAGGCUAGAUUCAAUUCAACAAAUUGUGUUGAUGAAAUCAACAAAGCAGUGGAACUUUUCAAUACAAAGCUUGUUUCAGUAGUCGAUGAUUUUAAUUCAAAGCUCCCUGAGGCCAAAUUUACCUUCAUUAAUCUCUUUGCCAUGCAAUCUUCGACUUCGUUCCCUUUUGGGUUUAUAAUGGAUUCAUAUUGUUGCAAAUUAAGAAGUGAUUUCAUGUGUGAGCCGCUUUCUCCACCUUGUCGUAGUAGGCUCCUUCACGGAUACAUGGAUGGAUUUCAUCCAUCUGAAUUUGUGAAUCAAGUAGCAGCAACAAUUGCAUACAACGACCCGUUCUUGUUUGUCCAUCCGAUGAGCAUUAGGCAAUUAAUUUGAAGUUAGCCUGAUUUUAUACACAAUACUAAAAGCAUACCUCGGCCGGACGGCCGAAAUACAACAUACAACAUAGGAUGGAUACUUACACGAAGUAUGUAUCUAUAUAUAAUUUGGGUUGGUUAAGAUGAAUGUUCCAAAUGUACUCGAUCGACCCUUUAUGGGUUCACCAAACUAGUUUUCAGUAGGCCAAGGUCUUUGAAAGUAGAAGAAACAAAGGGUGUGUAAAUUUUAGAUGCAUUUUGUAGUUUUUAUAUUUACAUACAUUCUUAAUUUGUCAGUUUCAAUUAAAAUUAUUUGUAUUGCAUUUAAAUAAGAGUAUUGCCUUAAGACAGUGGCGGAGCCAGAAAUUUUAA